UUUCAAAAUUUUGUAACAGGUCUGAGUAGUUGCUAUCUACUCAAAGAGAGUGGGGAGGAAAGAGAAGAUCAUUCAAGUGAAUUGGAAAAAGAUGUAAAACAUGGCAAGGAUGGUGAAUCAGAUUCUGACCCAGCAAGGGAUUCACUUUCCUCGCAAGGAGAGACGCCAGCUAAUGAUGAUAGCAAGGUCAGAAGAGCUUCAAGGGUUCCAAAGAAGCUUGCAAAAAAGGAAACAAUUGACAACAGUCCUCACAUAUCACAAGGAAAUGCUAAUCAUCAAGAACAUGGCAGACUGCACUUUAGAGCAUCAAAUACUAGUCAAAAGAAAUCUCAAAAGCCUGGCAGAGCUUCUGUAUCACCUAAAAAUCUGAACAAUAAGAAAUUAGAUAAUACCAAUAUUUCCUCCAAACCUUCAUCAGAAGUGUCCGAAGAAACAGAUAUUAAAGCAGUCGAAGAGGUUAAGGAGAUAGAUGUGUUGGAUGAGGCUCCUGUAUGUGAUCAGCGUAAUGGGACAGAUGAUGAAACGGUUGAUACAGAAGAGAAUGUCCUUGAUAAUGACAGGGCGAGUGUGUAUCAGAAGAUUGAGGAGAUGGAGUCAAGAAUUGAAAAACUCGAGGAGGAGCUCAGAGAAGUUGCUGCACUUGAGAUUUCUCUCUAUUCUGUCGUACCAGAGCAUGGAAGUUCAGCACAUAAAGUUCACACACCUGCUCGGCGCCUUUCAAGACUAUAUAUUCAUGCUUGCAAAUAUUGGACCCAGGACAAGAAGGCCACAGUUGCCAGAAACAUUGUUUCAGGGCUUGUACUGACUGCAAAGUCCUGUGGGAAUGAUGUUUCAAGGUUGACAUUCUGGUUGUCAAACACAGUUGUCCUUAGAGAGAUUAUUUUUCAAACAUUUGGCAACCUGUCCAACUCUACAAAUAUGAGGGCUGUUGAGUCAAAUGGUGGUGCAAGGAAAACUGAUGAGAAACAUACACCACUGAGACGGAAAAACAAUUCUGUUAUCAGACAAGGAAAAAGCCUUGGUUUUAUGCAAUUGUUGGACGACUGGCAGGACACAAGUACAUGUACAACAGCAUUGGAAAAGAUAGAAUCUUGGAUAUUCUCCCGAAUUGUUGAAUCAGUGUGGUGGCAGACGUUGACUCCACAUAUGCAAUCACCAUUAGAGGAGUUGUACACUCAAAAAAACUUUGGUAAAUUGUUGGGACCAGUGUUGGGUGAUCAACAGCAGGGAAGCCUUUCUAUAAACUUAUGGAUAAGUGCUUUUCAUGAUGCCUUUAGCAGGCUCUGUCCAGUUCGCGCUGGAGGACAUGAGUGUGGCUGCCUGCCUGUAUUGGCCAGAAAGGUGAUGGAGCAGUGUGUAUCCAGAUUAGAUGUUGCCAUGUUCAAUGCAAUUCUGCGUGAAUCAGCUCAUGAAAUUCCAACUGAUCCUGUAUCGGAUCCAAUUGUUGAUCCAAAAGUUCUGCCAAUUCCAGCUGGGGAUUUAAGCUUUGGUUCUGGUGCACAACUCAAAAAUUCAAUAGGAAAUUGGUCUAGAUGGUUAACAGAUCUAUUCGGCAUGGACGCUGAGGAUUCAACUAAAGAUGUUCAGGAUGCCAAUGAGGAAGAGACCUUAAUGGAGGCAAAUGCUGGAUCAAAAUCUUUUCAUCUGCUUAAUGAGUUGUGUGAUCUUUUAAUGCUUCCCAAGGACAUGCUACUUGAUAGGACCGUCAGAAAAGAGGUCUGCCCUUCUAUUGGUCUGCCCUUGAUAACACGGAUACUAUGUAACUUUACACCUGACGAGUUUUGUCCAGAUCCUGUUCCAGGAGUUGUGCUGGAGGAACUAAACACUAAGAGCAUUCUGGAGAGGAGGGUGUCGGACAAGGAAGUGAUUGGUGGCUUCCCGUGUGCAGCUGCUCCGGUGGUAUACUUGCCUCCUUCAGCUGAUGAUUUGGCGGAGAAGGUGGGCGAUGUAGGUGGCAAAGCCGGGCUCGAGAGGAGAGGUUCCAUGGUCCAGAGAAAGGGAUACACGAGCGAUGAGGAUCUGGAUGAAUUAGACGACACUCCGCUUGCGCAUAUUAUGGACAAAACACCGCCACUCGUCUCCCCAUCUCCAGUGGGUGGAGGGCACAAGGAAAGUUGGACCUCCAACUCCAGGUACAAUCUUCUCCGGGAAGUGUGGUGCGUGUGAAUAUGCCUUGUCAACCUGGGGUCUCCGCCACCAAGCCUAGUGAAAGUUCACAAACAUUAGACCACCGUGCGAAAGAGUUGUGUCAUAGGCUUCAUCUUCACCAGGACGUCGUAUCGUUUGACACAUCCAUUUGCUGCUUGUAUUGCACACAUCUCUCGGUUGAAUACGCAAGCUUUCAGUGUUUUCUUUCCA